AUGUGGUUGAUUACGUUUUUGUCCAUAUAUAUAUUUGGAGGUAUAACCUUCAUUCCUGGAUUGAUUAUAUUGGUACUAUACCUUCAUCCAAUAUACAAGAAUGACAAACAAGACCGAGAAGAAACCAAGCCUUUGAAAGCAGGUGAAAUUGAAGAAUCAAACCAAUCAGGGCUUGAAAGCUAUAAAGCAGGUUGGAUAUUCGUUACUCGUGAUUAUAUUGAUUCACCUGAUCAAAUUAAUCUGAAUACUCAACCAAUAACUGAAUCAAAUGACAAUAAAUCGGCUUAUAGUUCGUUAUAUAAGUUGGUUAGUGACGAUGCAACAACCCUGAUGUUGAGCAAUAACUCACAAUCCACCGAUGUCGAUGACUUGUCAAUUAAUGAGUCCAAGGAGACUUUAGUUCAGCCUGCAGCGCCACCUGCUUCGAGUGCUACCACCACCACCACCACCACUACCACACAGCAAAACAUACGUUCUUCACAACGAAGACAUAGAUAUUAUGCCGUGUUAAAACACGGAAACUUGUUCUUGUACAAAGAUGAAACCUUAAAGGAUGUUAAACACGUUAUUGUUUUAUCUAGCUACUUCGUUACGAUUUACCCCCGAGAAUUAUCCGACGCCCAGUUUUUCACAAAGUAUUCCGCAAUUGCCUUGAUCAACCCAAAUAAAUUAAUACUUACUAAUGAUGUUGAUACUGCCACUCCACCAAAGGGGUCAUUUUUCAUAUAUUGCGAUAUUAAUUCAGAUAAGGAAGACUGGUAUUUUGCCUUGAUUAGGGCUACUAAACACAAUAGUGAAUUACCGGAUCUGUUAAAUCCAAGCACCUUUGCCAAGACUUUACAUUUUAAUACCAAGGAUAUGAUAAAUCUUAUCCAGACAUUAUAUAGCUCGGAAGGUCAGUUGCAAACAAAAUGGCUUAAUGCGAUUAUUGGAAGGCUUUUCCUCGGAUUGAACGGAACCAAGGUGAUGGAAGAUUAUAUUCGAACUAAAUUAAGUAAGAAAUUAAACAAGAUUAAGACUCCAGGAUUCUUGGAUAAAUUCCAAAUUAAAGAAAUAUCGCCAGGUCAUUCGGCUCCAUUCAUUACAUAUCCUAAUUUACAAGAGAUUAACCCUGAUGGUACAAUUGUCGUGUCAGCAUAUGUAUCAUACACGGGAGGGUUAUCAGUCACUAUAUCAACCAAAGUUAAUAUUAACUUGGGAGCAAAAUUCACAAACCGGGAGGUUGAUAUUUUAUUAAGAGUUACCCUCAAUAGAUUUGAAGGACCAAUUUUAAUUAAGAUUAAACCUCAACCUUCGGCAAGAGUUUGGUAUACUUACAAGACUGAACCAAUCAUGAAUAUUAACAUUGAACCAGUUAUUAGUGCUCGUCAAGUUUCGUACAAUAUAGUCACAAAUUAUAUGGAAAAGAAACUUAAGGAAGCCAUCAGGGAUAGUUUGGUCUUACCUCAUUGGGAUGAUAUCGUAUUCUUUGAAACUACGGAGGAAUUAUAUCGUGGAGGAAUAUGGGACCCAGCUGCCUCGGCGCCUUCACCCCCUGAAACACCAACUGACCAAAGUUCAGAAUCAACACCUAGUAGAUCAGAAGAAGCAAGUAUUGAUAGAGAUUUAGACGAUGAUGUUGAAACAAAAUCAGAACUAUCUGUUAAAUUAGCCAAUCAAAAAAUGAAACUUACAAACACAUUAACUGACAUUUCUAAACGAAUGAAAAAGAAGGCUUCUUCUAGUAACGUGAAUGUCAUUUCUUCUGAGGAGUGCCAAACUACAAUAGCAGUUCGUGCAUCACCAGCUUUGAGCACACUCAAGAAGAUCGGUAAAUGGUAUUUCAAAGACGAAAAACAACAGCGGGACGAGAGUUAUACACCUCCAGAAAUGAUUCUGAACAGAAGACCACCAAGGAAAUCUUCAAGUGUAUCAACGACAACACCUCCAAAUGGCUUUGAUUCCAAAUUUUCUGAACAUCCAUCACCUUCCUAUGAUUUUGGGAAGUUAAACCACGAACGUGAUGUUCACUCGUUAACUACGAGUUCAUGGCCCGAUAAUAUUUCCGUGAUGUCUGGUGACGAAGUUUCUAUCAAAAGCGGCCUUUUAGUAAGUGAACCAACCGUAGGGUUAACUCAACCAUUAACUCCGAGAUCUCAUAAAUCGAUAAGGAAACCACCAUCUUCGCCACCGCCUCCAUUACCUGAAGAUUUAUCCAAGGAAGCCACGCCGAAAUGUGAAGAUGUCCCCACCACAAUUGAAGAUAUAUCCAUCCCAAGAUCUGAAGAUAUUUCUUCUCCGCAGACCAUAAAUGGUCAACCUCUUGUACCUAGCGAAAACAACGGGAAGAGUUCACCAGUUACAAACAAUACUAUAUAG